AUGGGUCUCCAAACAAGUAAACCAGGUAAAACGGUAAUGAAAUUCAAAAUUCCCUACAAUCGUCUUACGAAGACCGUCAGGGGUAGCGUGCGCUCAAGGGCCACUCGGGGGUCACGGGAGCGCGGGGGGGCGGCGGCCGAGGCUGGGGCCGCGCUGACCUUGCACUUCGUCCUUACAGGGGUACUGCGGCCCCGACAGACGGCGGGACCAGACAGACUGCGGGACCAGACUCCAAAUCCGCCUCCGGCUCCGGCCCGCCCGCAGCUGAGCACCCAGGGCGGGGUUACCGCCAGAGCGUUCAAAAGAACUCCCGCGGGACAAGCAAAUACCGCGAGACUACCGCGACACUGCCGGGAGGCGAAAAUUUCGGCCCUGUCCGCCGUUUUGCGCGUGCGCAAAGGGCCGAGCCAGUGUUGUUUUUUGUUUUUUGGGUUUUUUUUCCCGGCUGGAAGUGAGAUGUUUGUGAGUGGUGAGGUUAGGCCGGAAGUGGUGUUGCGUAGGGAAUGGGGGGAGGGGGGACGAGCUGAACCGCCGCUCGUCGGGCGAAGCGGGAGGCUUGUGGUGCUGGGCUGGAGGCCAAGGAUGCAGUCCAAGAAAGUUCUAAAAAUAUAUCAUCAGGUCCAACUUGGUAGUUGACCUAGCCAUGGAAAGCCUCAUUGGAUGGAUCCUCACUGGGUCAGACCAUAACUGGCAUUCUUAAAAACUCUUCCCAUCAUAAAGUAUCAAGAAGGAAAAUGUAGGAUAUAUACCUACCACUUCAAGAAAGCUCCUGUACCAGCCGACAGCCUAACAGAUUAGCUAGCUGCUUUGAUCGUCAAGCAGACGUACUCAAGCUCAGCAUAGCGCAGGAAAAAUCUCUCUAUGAACAUUUUUCACAUUCUGUGUGUGACCUAUUAGCAGGUCAUGAAAUCAGUCUGUAAGUCACAGUGAAAGUUUUUUUAAAACAGUAAAAUAUAUCAAGUGUUUUGUGUGAUUCCUCUGCCAGAAUUGUGCUACCAGGAAUACUAAGGUCAAUUUCAAGAUCUGAAAAGAAAAUUAACUAAUGGAGGGCAUAUAAUGAACAGAAUGUAUACUGGCUAAGAAAUGGCUUUUCAAGCAUUUGUCCACUGGUGUCUUGUUUCGUUUUCAUAAUAAUAAAGUUGGUGAGCAGUCUAGUUUAUGUUCCCGUGACUUACAACUAGAUGUGAAGUCUGAGAUGUUCAACUGAGAUGCAUUUGCAAACUAUAUUUUUUGGGAAAGAUGUUAUCUAGGCUAUAUAUAUAUAUAUAUAUAUAUAUAU